AUGAGGAACUUCCUCGGCAAGCACAGCAACCGAUCAUCGCAUGCGCUCAGUGAGCCGCGAAACUCGUCCAAGACGCCUGCGACUUCAACCCCGACGAACAACAGCCAGACUCCGACAGGCGGUAGUGCUGCGACUCCUCAAGCGGCAGGCCACCAGCGUCAACCAAGCCACCAGGCUCAGCAGCAGAUCCAGCAAGAUCAACACUAUCAAGUUCAGCAGCACCAGCAACUCCUCGACGAGGCAGACUCAGCCUCCCACGGCGCCCACUUCGGCCACUCGCACUCGGUCGGUGCCAAUGCCAACGCUGCCAGUGCUAAUGCGAGCGCCAACAAUCCUUCCACCAUAAACCCCCAUUCAGCCUUGUCCUCGUCCCAUAACACCGCCUUCAGCUCGAGCGAGUCCUUUGAUUCACAACAGCCGCCUCCCCCCUCUCACUACCUGCAGAAUCAACAGCCGCCGUUACAUAUCCAACAUCCCCAGCAGCAGCCUCAAGGUUCGCUACCGUUACUGCCAUCCCCCUCCUCCGCUUCCGCUGGCGCCCCUCCCCCGCCGCAUCUUUAUAGCUCGCCUUCAGCCGCCAGUAGCACAACCGGUGCUAACAUUAAUCAACAUCCUCCUUCUUUACAGCAGCAGCAGAGUUCCAACCUUUCUAACGUCGCAUUUGAUCCUCAUCAGCCGCAGAGCGAAUUUAACGACGCUGGCCUGGGCCGUUCGCAGAGUAUCCGUUAUAGCGCUGCCACGCCCUAUAACCUCCAGACCUCAUCCGUAGAGGACCUGAACCGUUACGGCCAAAUUCCACCCCAGCAGCAGCAGCAACAACAGCAGCAGCAGCAAGCACAGGCACAAGCACAAGCACAAGCACAAGCACAACAGCAAGCAGCUCCUGCUGAGAAGCGCUCGACUCGAAAAUUGAUUAAGGGCAUAUUUUCUGGGUCCAAUCGUGGGGCAUCCGACGGCCAGCACCACCAUAGCAUAAGCAUCGGCCACAAUAACAACCAAUCCUACGAUAAUACUGGCGGCCUUGCACGUCGGCCUUCCAAGCGGACUUCACGAAUUUCGCUCCACAACACCAUUCGCCAAGUCUCUGGUGAAGCAGACCAACAGCAACAGCAACAUCAACAGCAGCAGCAGCCUUCUUACGAGGACCCCGCCUAUCACCAGAACCAGAGCCAGGCCCCGCUACAGCAGCAGCAGCUGCACCAACAGCAGCCGCAAACCCACGUUCAGGUACAUACGGAGGACCAGCAACCACAAAGCACUUACGAGACGAACGUGUACGACCAGCAACAAUCACCUCUCAACCCACCACAGCAUUCGCCUUCGCAACAGCCUUAUCAGUUCUCAAACGCUCAACAGCAAGGCAACUAUCACCAGGGUGGUAACCAAGGUGGAGAUCUCCGAUCAGUUCCCGCACACUUGGGCCCCAGCGCACAGUUUCAGAACCCUGAAACAGUCUCUCAGUUCUCGCAUGAAUCGCCUGUCGCCGACUCGGACCAGCGUUCGGCCAAACUGCAAUCAGCAACCAACUCUCCCGCUGUGAACCACGCCCUGUAUAUACAGAAUCAAGGUUCAACCCCGAGCCUUCCUCCUGCUCAACAGACAGCCACUCAGCCGCAGCAACCCGGUAUGGCACCACCGACUGGAGGACCUCCAUCCGCGCGCCGUCCUGACUCCGACAAGCUGCGUGGGCAGGCCGAUGUCCCCGGUGGCCCGCCCCCCACUUACCGUCCCGCCAACUCUAUGAACAACAUGAACCCACUACCUCCCGUGCCGCCACAGUCGGCCGGCCAGUCACCGGCCUACCGUAGCGAUCGCCCAUCUCCCUAUGAGGGUCAACCCGUAGAUCAAGGAAGGGACAGCCCCCAGCCAGUAUCUGCAGUUCCCGCUGAGGCUGGCGAAAAUGACAAGUCUUUUAAGGAUCUGUUAACUAAAUACAAGAACGUCAAGAGACUCUACUUUGAUGGCAAGGGACAGAUUGAGGCCCUGAAUGGUCAAAUCGUGCAUCUCCAGAAUGCAGUCGCCAACCAGCGCAUGUCGCAAUCGCGUACCGCUCUCGAUGACAGUGAAUACUCGACACGAUUCAACCGACUCAAUGGUGCCAUUAACAACCUCUCGUUCAAUAUUCGAAAAGAUUGGCGGUGCGUGCCGCAAUGGCUCGACAAGUAUGUCAGCACAGAAGCACUCAAGACAGGAAAGGCUGAGAUGACAGCUAUUGGACGCGCUGUGAUCUCACGUUGGAUUAUGGAGGAGGUGUUCAACAAGUGUUUCCACCCUGGAUUGGAUGCGCAGCUGAGCCAAUCUCUCAAGGAGAUUGAGCUGGGCAUUCGAAGCAACACGCAUACUUUGACUAGUCAGGAAGAGUUCGACGCCCUGACGAACAAGAUUGUGAGCUGGCGGAUGACAUCAUUGGACGGUUUGCACCGACAGCUCAACUCAGCAGCUGCGAACGAUAAUCGCAAUGCAUUUAUCGCCAAGUCAACGGCAUCCCUGACUAGCUGUCUUUACCAGUUCCUUUGCAACCCGCCACCACCUGGCGUGGAUGGUAGCGCAUCAAUGAUCGUGGAGCUUGCGGUGGGCAUUGCAGCCAACCUUCCCCUGGAGAGUCGGGAUGUGGCCAUUACCUACCCGUUGCCUGGAGAGAUCGUCCAGCCGCAUGUGAUGGAGGUUGAGAAGGCUGCCUUGCCAGUAUUGGAGGCUCAGAAGGGAGAGGGAGAGGGCGACGACAAGGACGGCGACGACGAAAAGAGCGGCAAAGCUAAGACUGGUACGUUGAAUAAUGCAGCCCCGCCCGAGAGCGGGGAGGGUAACGAUGCUUCAAAGAGCGCAAUGAAGGAUGCUGACAAGGACACUUUUGUAGCGGCCCUGCCGAAGGACUCGAACAGGGUGCGAUUCGCAGGAUUUAUGGCGUUGGAAGUACGAGGGAGACAAGUUCUGAUGAAGGCGCCUGUCUGGACUCUGUGA